UAUGCCGAGCCAAACAGCGACUUGUUAGCAGGGAUGGAUUCUACGGUGAGUCUAGAGAAAUACCUCGAGAUGAAGGAGAAGCUGGAGAGCAGCGAAGCCCGAAUCCAAGAGCUGCAGAACAACAACGCACACAUGCAGUCGCAGCUGGAUGAACUCAGCUCCACCGUGCGUAAACUGAUCCGUGAGCGAUUGUAUCUCCAGUCUACAUCGCCUCAGCGCAAAGUAAAAAGUUUGCGUGAAGAGAACAUGAGUCUGCGGUCGCUGUAUGGGAGCGGGAGUAUGUGUGGGCCCAUGUACCCCUCGUCCUCUCACGUGCCCACGCCCCCUCCCCUCUCCUACCCCUCUCCACCACCAUGACCCAGAGUCUGCACAACGGAGAUGUCGACCCACAGGUGAGUUUGCGAACCAGCAGAGGUCCAGCCCAAAGACCCUUCAGCAUGUUUGAACAACGUCAAGGUCUCCCCAGCUCUGUUGGACCCUCCCAUGCUAUGGACCAAACAAGGACAACUUCAUAUCAGCUGAAC